UUGUGAUAAUCAUUUUUCAAAAUUGUUUCUGUAGUUGUCCUGUCACCAUAAUUCUUGUGUGAUACAUCAUUAGAAACUUAAUCAAUCAGAAAAAGGAAUUCAUUAAAUCAUUCUAGCUAUAGUACGCAAAACAUUUGGAUAAAGAUAUACAUCAAGCAUCGAUUGUUUGACAGGUAUGUUGUUGUUUGGUGUGUUUUCACUACUACUCUGGUCCCAGGUUGCAAAUGCUGAAGAUGAGUUGAUUUGCCCACCUGUGAAAGAGGGUAUGGUUGGGGCAUGUGCCAAUUUAUGUGGUGAUGAUUGCACAGGGGGACAAUUGUGCUGCAGUAAUGGCUGUGGACAUAGAUGCAUGGAUGGUGUAAUAAAACCUACUCCACCUAAGCCGGACUUGUGCCUCCUGCCAUCAAAGGUUGGUAAAUGUAAGGCACGUCUUGAAAGAUACUACUACGAUAAUGAGACUAAAGAGUGCAAACUCUUCUAUUACGGAGGGUGUGACGCAAAUGAAAAUAACUUUGAGAAAAAGGAAGAUUGUGAAAAACGAUGUGGUGAUGUAGAUAUGUGCAACCUUCCUAAGAAACAGGGCAAAAAGAAAUGUGCUGAGGAUAAAGUAGAGAGAUACUUCUAUAAUUCUGGCAGUAUGGCGUGUGAGAUGUUCAGUUACAGUGGAUGCGGAGGAGGCAACCUAAACAACUUUGGGAAUUCAGUAACUUGCAAGCAAACUUGCGAUGCAUGCUCCAAGCCUAAAGUGAUUGGUCCUUGCAAAGCAGCUUUUCCAAGAUACUUCUACAGCAUACACACAGGGCAGUGUGAAAAUUUCUUGUAUGGAGGAUGUAGGGGCAACAACAACAACUUUCAGUCUAAGGAGCAGUGUGAAGGAUAUUGUAAACCAACAUGCGAGUACUACUGCCAAAAAUGUAAGCAGGGUAAAAAGUUUUUGGCGAGGUGCAGUGGCUGCAAACAGAGAAAAAUUAAGGACUACACAAAAUGUGCUGCCUGCGUCAUGUCUGGGAAAGGCAAAUUUGACUACCAAUGCUUUAACUGCGAGAAAUAAUCAAUCAAUGUUGGAUUCGGAUUUAAUGUUCCAAAUCAAAAUUUAAUAAACAUCAAAACUGUUGCAAGCUUUAGAAAAAAUAUAGCAGUUUCUUCAUCAAACAAAUGUUUAAGUGGUACCUAUUACACAUCAGGUUUAAAUUGUUCAUUUUGUUAAAUUG